AUGUUUCGUCAUGGAUUGAACCAGGCUGCUCGUGCAGCAGCAGUUCCUGCUAGAAACUAUGCUACCUUGCGUGAAAUUGAAAUGCGUCUCAAGUCCAUCAAGAACAUCGAAAAGAUCACCAACACCAUGAAGAUUGUUGCUUCUACGAGAUUGAACAAGGCCCAGAGAGCCAUGGCCACUUCCAGAGCCUACCACGAGGCCGAGGGAAAGUUCUACGAGACUGCCGAGACCAAGUUUGUUGAGGAGCCAGAGAAGACUCUGUUCGUCGUUGUUUCCUCCGACAAGGGUCUGUGUGGUUCUAUCCACUCUCAGAUCGCCAAGGCUGCAAGAAAGAGACUUGCCGAGGUCCCAGAUGCCACUGUGGUCACAGUUGGUGACAAGGUCAAGGCCCAGCUCCUGAGAACCCACGCUGCUAACAUCGCCCUUUCUUUCAACGGUGUUGGUAAGGAGGCCCCAACCUUCACCGAGGCUACCUUAAUCUCUGACGAGAUUGCCAAGCUCGGAACUUUCGGCAAGGUUGAGGUUUUGUACAACAAGUUUGUCUCUGGUGUCUCUUUCGAGCCAGAAUCCUUCCCAGUUUACGAUGCCUCUGCCAUCGAUGCUUCCGAGAAGCUGUCCACCUUUGAGGUUGAGGAUGACCUGAACGUGUCUGCCUCUGCUUCCGAGUUCAGUUUUGCUAAUUCCAUUCUGUCUGCCAUGGCCGAUGGUUACGCCUCCGAGAUUUCUGCCAGAAGAAACGCUAUGGACAACGCCUCCAAGAACGCUGGUGACAUGAUCAGCAGAUACUCCAUUCUGUACAACAGAACCAGACAGGCCGUUAUUACCAACGAGCUGGUUGAUAUCAUUACUGGUGCUUCUUCGUUGGACUAA